UGCAGCCUGGCAGAUGAGGACGACGCUGCGCUGCUGCAGGAGCUGUCAAUAGCAGUGCAAAAAAAAAAAAAGAGAAAUCGACGCCCAGUACACUAAAGAAUAACAAACUAAAGUAGUGACUACAAGAGAAGAGUGUCUAUACUGUAGUAUACGAGCUGACAGCGCCGUGUGUCUGAGCUGUAGAUGUCUUAACAGGAGCAGGAGCCUGGAGGAGACUUCAGAGUGUUUGUGUUGUUUACACACGCUUCAGUCGCCACGUUUCAGUGCGCUAACUUAACAGUUUAAUACAGCUCCUACUGCAGUCCUUCAUAAUGGAUGCGUUUUUCAGGCAUGAAAAUAAUUCGAGAGGUCUGCAGAAAACCAGAAAUGACUUAUUUCUUUAAGGGUGGAAAAAGUGCAACUCGUUUGCUCCAGCUCCAUGCGGGACUCUCCUGCGUUGGCCGUCGUCUAACAUUUUGCACACUUCUGAGGAGCAAGCAGCGGGACAGGACGAGCAGAAACACACACACUACAUGUGAUUGGUUGCUCAGUCGAGAUCCGGCUGUAGAGUUUCUUUUUGUCCUCGUCGACUUGAGGAGUGGAGAUGGAGGGAGCGGAGGACAAAGGGAAAGGGAAGGAGAAGAGCUUCUCGCUGUGGUAUGUGGGCUGCAGCGCGCUGGACCGGCGCACCACGCUGCCCAUGCUCCCGUGGCUGGUGGCCGAAAUCCGCAGGAAGAGCGAGUCUGGUCCGGUUCAGGCUCGGCAGGUCCAGCUCGCCCUCAGUCCCCCUAUAAUCCGCUGCGUGCCCGCUAACAGCAACAGCUCGUCCGUCUUUAUAUUUGAGCACAAAGCGCACUUCAUUUCGCGCUUCAUCCACAACAGCCAUGACCUCGCCUACUUCGCCUACCUCAUCCGCAGUCAGCCGGACGACCCGGAGUGCGAAAUGGCUUGCCAUGUGUUUAGGGCGUGCGACCCAGACCAGGUGUCUGAGGUCAUCAGCAGCAUCCGGCAGGCCUCCAAAAACACACUCAAAGAGGAAAGUAAACCCAAGCUGGAGACUGAGGAGUCUUUUUACAACUCACAAAAGUUUGAGGUGCUUUACUGUGGCAAGGUGACAGUGAACCACAAAAAAGCACCCUCCACCCUGAUUGACGACUGCAUCGACCUUUUUCGGGAGCACGAGUCAGAGCGCAGGCGUCUGCGCCUCCUGAACGGCCAGCGCCCAGUGGAGACCCCACUGGUGUUCACUGUGGGAGACGACCCUCUGAACGCAUCGCUCUCUGAGACUGCACUCACAGAGAUCAAUGAGAAAGCAGGUAGUACGCGCAGUGUCUUCCCCGAGUGCAUCCAGGAGGACUCAGGCUUUGAGCAGCAGGAGUUCCGCACUCGCUGCAACAGCUUGGCAGGUGGCUUACAAAAGCUUCCUAGAGAGACUGGAGCCAAAGUGCCAACACGUAGAAGACAUGCCAGCGCACCUAACAAUGUGCAGCCCUCUGACGCAGACAAAAACCGCACCAUGUUGUUUCAGGUGGGACGCUUCGAGGUGAAUCUCAUCAGCCCUGACAGCAAGACAGUAGUGCUUGAGAAGAAUUUCAAAGAUAUCUCGUUUUGCUCCCAGGGAGUGAAGCAGACAGACCAUUUUGGGUUCAUCUGUCGUGAUGUGUUGGAGUCGGGGCCCAGCCAGUACAUAUGCUACGUGUUCCAGUGCGCCAGUGAGUCUCUGGUGGAUGAGGUGAUGCUGACUCUGAAGCAGGCCUUCAGUACAGCUGCGGCAAUGCAGAGCUCCAAAACCCAGAUCAAACUGUGUGAGGCAUGUCCAAUGCAUGACCUGCACAAGCUUUGCGAGCGGAUCGAAGGACUGUACCCUCCCAGAGCAAAGCUGGCCAUUCAAAAGUACCUCUCCCUGCUGAGCGAUAAUGAGCAGGCAGACAUUUUUGAACGUGUGCAGAAGAUGAAGCCAAGUUGUGAUCAGGAAGAGAAUGAGCUGGUCAUUCUUCACCUCAGGCAGCUGUGUGAGACCAAGCAGAAGACACAUGUACAUAUUGGAGAGGCUCCUCAGAAUGCAGUAGGCUCAGAGAGCUCAACUGCAGCUGGAAGAAACAAGCUAGACGUGUUGAAGAAUAAGGCACGCAGCUCACUCACCAGCUCCCUGGAGAACAUCUUUUCACGGGGUGCAAACCGGAUGCGCAUGCGUCUAGGAAGCAUGGGCAGCUUUGACCGGCAAGACGAGUCUCCCAGUGAUUCUCCCCCAGGGACCCCCCCUGCUACCUUGGAAGAGGACCCUGACGCCCCUCUGUUCCGCCGCCGAGCACACACCUUCAGCCACCCUCCCAUCAAGAAGAGGAUCUCUUUCACAGAGCUGCCGACACAGAACAAGGCUCCUCUGCACAGACAGCAGUCUCUUGCUCCAGAGCUGCUGCAGAGCAGCGCGGUGCGUGUGCCAAGAAAACGCAGUGUCUCUGAAGGCGAGUCCUCCUUCAGCCUUCCCUCCUCCUUCUCCACUUCCACUUUCCUGAAAAGUUUUUACCUGGGUUCCCUCAGCUCACUGGCCUCCCUGCCGGACAGCCCCAAGAGUAGUAAUGGAGAGGACAGAAACAGGAGGCUGUCCGGCUGCAGCACUGACUCACUGACUGCAGUGACUGCACGCAGAGUGUCUUGGCGUCAGAAGAUUUUCCUGAGGGUGGCUUCACCCAUGAACAAAGCCUCAGCCUCUAUGCACAAGGCUGAUAUGGAUGGCAGUGAGCUGCUGCCGCUUUCUCCACGUGCCUUACAACAGGAGCAGGACCCCCUAUCCGGGUUGCUGUCCCCCACCCAAAGCCUGAGAGGAGAGAACGGACGGCGCACCACUGCUGAUUAUAGAGCUCUGUGGAAAAAGGCCAUCCACCAACAGAUUCUCCUUAUCCGCAUGGAGAAGGAGAACCAGCGCUUGGAGGCCAGCCGAGAUGAACUACACAUCCGCAAGAUGAAGCUGGACUACCAGGAGGUGGGUGAGUGUCCUACAGAGGUGCAGUCUCUGUGGGAGAAAAAGCUGAACGUGCCUUGCAGGACCAAAGUUCAGUGGGACAAAGAUGAGAUCCACACUGCUAUUUGUCAGGGUGUCCCAAAGAGUCGGCGAGGUGAGGUGUGGCUGCUCCUCUCUCAGCAAUACCGCCUGCGCCAUCGUCUACCUCAGCGGCAGCAGCCUCCUGAUACACCCUACCAUGAUCUGCUCAAGCAGCUCACCACACAGCAGCAUGCCAUCCUGGUGGACUUGGGUCGCACAUUCCCCACACACCAGUACUUCAGUGCACAGCUGGGCGCAGGCCAGCUCUCUCUCUAUAACCUGCUGAAGGCCUACUCUCUACUGGACACGGAGGUGGGCUACUGCCAGGGCAUCAGCUUUGUGGCUGGAGUGCUGCUGCUGCACAUGAGCGAGGAGCAGGCCUUCGACACUCUUAAGUUUCUAAUGUAUGAUCUGGGGCUCCGGCGCCAGUAUCGACCUGACAUGAUCUCCCUACAGAUUCAGAUGUACCAGUUGUCCCGGCUGCUGCAUGACUAUCACCGUGGUCUGUAUUCACACCUGGAGGAACACGAGAUCAGCCCCAGCUUGUAUGCUGCACCGUGGUUCCUUACACUCUUUGCCUCUCAGUUCCCACUUGGCUUCGUCUCCCGCAUUUUCGACCUACUAUUUGUCCAGGGCACAGAAGUGAUUUUUAAAGUGGCCCUAUGUUUGCUGAGCAGCCAUGAAGGAGAGAUACUGGAGUGUGACAGUUUUGAGAGCAUCGUAGACUACCUUAAGACCACCAUACCCGCCCUCACCCAGAACCAGAUGGAAGAGACAAUCAGCAAGGCUAUUGAGAUGGACAUCUCCAAGCAACUACAUGCCUAUGAAGUGGAGUACCAUGUCUUACAAGAUGAGAUGGUGGAUGCCGCUCCACCUUCUGAGGAAUCAGACAGGCUGGACAAACUGGAGAAGAUCAAUGCCCAACUCAAGAAGCAAAAUAUGGAUCUGCUAGAGAAACUGCAGGCAGCACGGGUGAAAAUCCAGAGUCUAGAGAACAAUGUAGAGAGCUUCCUGGCACGUGAGAGCCAGAUGAAACACAUGAUCCGCUCGCUGGAGCAGGAGAAGGCCAACUACCAGAAGACCAUAGAGCGCAUGCGCAGCAAUCUCCCUGCAGAUGCAGCUGACGUGGAGAUGACCCAGCUGAAGAUGAGCAGCAACAGCAAAACCAAAGCAGCCAACAAAUAACUCUGUGUUAGCAAGCGUGUCCCUCCUGAACAUAUAGAACAACAGAUUACAACCAGGCGUGGUGGAGUACUGGGGGGUUGUGAAACUUUUCCCAUGGUAGUUCAACAUACCAUAGCUGGCGAACUUUAGGCACAUGUCAAACUGAUUCUGUGGAGGCGGUGUAACAAACGUUUAGCUUUCUGCAAAAUACAUAAUUUCUGGUAGGAUCCACUUUAUCUGCUCAGACAAAAAAGUGCCCCAAAAGACCUGUCAGCCUCGCUUUACUCCACUGUACUAAAUUCACUUCAGGUUUAGGGAUCAUGGCUGCUGCAUAGAACAGAAACUAUACUUCAGUAUCAGCUGUGUUGAAAACACUUGAAAACAAGAUGAAUGUAGCUUUUUUUCCCCCUCAAAGUGCAGCAUGACUCAUGGCUGUGUAAGGAAGGAUCACUGCCUUGAUGUCAGCGUACGCUGUGAGAAUGGCAGGCAGUGUGACUUUGAGCUCGCCGGAGAACUUUUCCUGAAGGAACACAACAAAAGCGGCAGUGACGUUAUCGAGCGGCAAAAACCAAAAUAUUUAGCUUAUCAGAUCGACACUCUUGCUCAAAGAGCUUAACCCAAAGUUCAAGCAGGAAAUGAAACUCUCUCUCUCUGAAUUUCCUCUGACUUUGCAGCACCAUCCAAAUUUAACCUACUCUCCAAACUCCUACACCUCUCUGGCACUUCAUCAGUUACUGAAUGUGCUUCAAGGCAAAUCAGGCUUGCUGAAGACAGGAAGAGCCUACCACACUGUCUACCACAAUGCUGCAACGUACGGUCAUGAGUUAUGCAAGCUACACAGCAAAAUGUUUGUUUGCACAGGGCAUUUAAUGUCUAAAAGUAUCCCAUGCAGGUGUACAAAUUCUUCGGGGCUAUGAAAAUUCUGAAAAAAAGAAAAACAACCCCCUGAAAAACCUGUAACCCACCAGUAACCUUUUUUAUUUUCUCCAAACAACCAUUAUGUUGCUAUAUACAGCAAACUAAUUUGUGAAAAGGUAUCUGGAAUCUGAGCAAACAUCACCUGAAGCAUCACCUGUACCUAUGGGAUGCUUUUCCACUCCGGUGCUCUCCUCUUGAACAGUUUCUUGAAAGCCUUCCAUGAGACAUAGCUUAUUAAUGAAGCGUUUCUGAAUGUAUUAUGUAUCACACAUUUGUAAUGAACUGCAAUAACUGUUGCAGCUAUGCAAAAUAUGCACCUGAUUAGAAAAAAAAAAAUCUCUUUCUUCUAUUAAAGAAGUGAAUCAGUAUGGGGUCUGUCACAGGAAAGGAUCCUCUACCAGUAAAGAGCUGCUAUUUCACAUAGUAUGAAUCAAGCAAAUACAUGUAAAGCUUCUCAUUCCCUAUGCCUCAAAGAAUGGGUAGCUUUAAGUAGUGUUCCAUGAUUAAAAUUUCAUACCGUUUUAACAGUAAUGAAUAUUAUGUCUGUUAAAUCUCAAGAGUGUUGCAUUGAUUCAGAUGCUGGAAUUUGAGCUGGUAAAUUUCUGCAGUUGCUGGCUGAAGCAGUGGGCAGGUUUUUUUUUUUUAAUGCGCUUUACUGGACCUGUGAUUUGCAGAGAACCUGUGCAAGUAAACAAACGGGGAAAAAAAAAAAGAUACAUGUAACUGUUCACUUUAGCUCUUGAUAUGAACAUGCUAAUACAGACUCACAGUCAUCUAUUCUCAGAACAAUACGCAGAAGCGAACCAGGCUGUGUGCCAGAUACUACGCUCUACUUUUUUUGAAAACUUUUUUUUCCCCCUUCUGGUCAUCUCUCAAAGGGUGACUUACUCCUACUCUUGUUUCCAGAAAGCUGCAGUUCUGCAGGGGGUUUACUGAUGAUUUGCUGUUCUGAUAGCAGUUUUGUUUUAUUUGCUUUCCUGUCUUGAUCGUGUCAUUUAUCAAUGCGUAACUGUUUUAGGCUUUCGAAGCGCUCAGGAUCUUCUCAUCUUGCAAUUUCUUUCUUUCUUUUUUUUCUUUUCUUUUUAAACUUCAUAUCUUCAACGUUUUUUGGCUGAUCUUAAAGUGGCGUGCUAGGCUAACAGUGACAUUUUGACAGUGUUUCAUUUCUACGUCAUAUACAGACAGACACUGUAGGUGUUAAGUGGGUUAUAUUGGUCUGAUAAUUGUGUGCGGCUAAAGGCCAAAAAGCAGCUCGGAUUUAUUGUUUGGAGGCUUGGAACAAAAAAUUGCUUCUUAUGCUGGUGUGACAUUGGCUCCAUGUGUAUAUAUGCACUCAGGUCAGUUUGUAAAAUCUGCUUUACCGUGGCCAUAAAACAUGCAGCAAGAAAGAUAAUCAGCAUUUAAAGAAAUUGGAGAAAACUUAUUCCAGCAUAAAAGCAUCUUUGUUACUGCGACUCAUUUUGUACUCAGAAGUGUCUCGACCUAUUCAUGUUUUUUUUUAAAUGAAGCACAUUUUCCAAAAUGUUAAUUGUCCAUUAAUCAAAGUUUUAACUCUCAGCACUGAACCUACAGUAAACAUGAGAAGUGCUUGCAUUCGACACAGCAAAACAACGCCAUUUUGGGUGGGGUACACAACUGCUGUUGGUUUAUUGCCAGUUCACACAUUUCUGCACUUAAGACGUGGAAUAUGCAAAAUUCUAAGGCACUUGAAGUGUGAAUGCAGGAAAAAUCUCAUGUUAAAAAGAUCACAAGGUGCACAUGAGACAGCUUCUGUUUUCUGUUGUUUUUUAAAGAAGAUGCCAGAAUGCAAUCUUUUGUCCUUCAUUAAACUUGACACCAGGUUACUUUUUGAAUAUUUUUCCAUUAUGUCCAUGCUUGGAGGUUGCAGUGCUGUCUGCACUGUUUAAUGAUUGUUGCUCUGUAAAUACAAUUGAAUAAUGAAAAAAAAAUUUGGACUCUGUGGUCCACAUGGUUGUAUGUUAAUCAAGAGCCCAUGCCUUAUUAAAACAUUCUUCACUGGCUUUUUAUACACCGAGUUUUUGACUCUUUGAUAUUGAAUCUGAGGACACAAUGUUGGCUAUUUUUUUUUCUUUCAAAAGUGCAUAUUUUCUAGAAAGAAUGGGAAAUCAUUUGCACAUGGGAGGAAUAGUAGUGCAUUGAUAUACACAUUGUUAAAGAGAUUGCUCAGGGUGAUGAAAGGCUGUCCCAAUAUGCUGCCACUCUAUUGCAGUACUGGUGCAAAUAUUCAAUAAACAGAAUGGAAAUCA